AUGCGGCGACAUCGCUGCGAGAAAAUCACCGUCGUGUGCGCGGGAGACGCGCACGCGAGCGUCGCGCGCGAGCGAAUCGAGCGAUGGCGGGGAGAACCGUCGAGCGCGCUGCGAGAGGCGCCGACGAUCGACGUGGUGGCGGCGGACGAGGGGACGGACACGGCGCGCGCGCUGGCGGCGUGCGAACGGUUCGCGGACGAGACGACGACGACGCUGCUGGUCGUGCAGGGAGACGUCGUGACGGAUGUCGCGCUGGAUGAUGUGCUGAGCACACAUUUGGUGAACGCGGCGACGGCGACGUGCGCGCUGGCGAAGAAACGGGCGUGGGCGGAGGUUGAGACGAAGGCGGGGCGAGCGCCGAAGGGGAUGCGAUACGUCGGGUUGAACGCGGAUGAGACGCGCGUGGUUUUUCUCGCGGGAGGCGAACACGACGAGGCGAAGAAACGGUUGAAGUUGCAGCGGUCGGCGCUGAACGCGACGGCGGAGAUGGUGAUCAGGACGGAUGUGAUCGACGUGGGGAUUUACGCUUUGGAGGCGCGAGAGACGUUCGCGGCGCUGCGAGAGAAGACGCAUUUGAAGAGCUUACGGUUCGACUUGGUGCCGCACUUCGCCGCCGAGCAGUUUCGCGGCACCACCGCGGGCGGGGUGGCGGCGUACAUGGUGAAGCCGGACAAGUAUUGCGUCGCCGUGGAUACGGCGAAGCCGGCGCUUCUCGAGGCGUCGCGAGAAAUCGCCGCCGAGUUCCAUCACUUGCUCGAACGACCUCUGAGCAAGUACGACAACGUCGUCGACCCAUCAACGGUGAUCGGGGCCAAGAGUACGAUCGGACCGGGAUGUGCGGUGGCUGGUCAGUGCACGUUCAAGGACAAAUGUUCGGUGAAGAAAUCCGUCGUCGCCGCGGAUUGCGUGUUUGGGUCGGGCGUUAAAAUUUCCAACUCUCUCAUUCUUAGAGGCGCCGUCGUGCACGAUGGCGCACAGAUUCAAGGCUGUAUCGUCGGUCCCGGCGCCGUCAUCGGCGCGCGUGUCACGGCAAAGGAUAGCAUCAUCGGCGCCGCGUACGAAGUCGAAGAAGACGCCGACUUGGACGCCGAGACCGUGGUGGUCCAGAACAAGUAG